AUGCCAAGUUUAAAUUCCCUACCUCUGAGUCUGUCAGAAAUUCUGGAGACUCAUCGAGGUCCUUUGAGAGAGCUGGAGAUUUGGGCGCUCCUUUGUCAGUGUGCAGAAAUAAUGCAAGAUUUACUCAUUAAAGGUGAAGCUGUUGGCGACGAAGCAUUUCGACACAUAGUCACACCAAAUAGUUUAUUUAUUCGAGACAAUGGGACUGUAACUCUGACAGAAGUUACUAGCGACCUGAGUGGCUCUCUCUACUUAGCUCCAGAACUGGAGAACAAUUUAAGGCAGUUUGUCACAGACACUGCCUUUGAAAAGAUGUUUGUGUAUUCCUUGGGAAGGACUCUGCAAGUUGCUUCUGAGUUUGGUCUAACAGAGAAUGAGGUGUUGAGCAUCAGCUAUGACCUUGAUUCUCUCCUCCAAGCCAUGAGUGAGCGGAAUGGUGCCCUGAGACUUGGCUUGAUGCACAUCUUGGAGGCUUGUUCGCUGCAAACGAGCCAGCACCCACACACACCGUCCCACGCAUACACCCUGUCCAGGCUGUAUAAGACAGUGCUCAAUAACAGUGUCAGGAGUUCAUUUCGUGACAGCAGUUAUGAAAGCAGCAGCAGCCAUUAUAGCACCAUGACUUCUUUACCUGGCAGAGCCCGCAGACCACGUCCACGAGUUCGACAUCGACAUGAGAAUCAGAGGUCACGGUCUCGAUCAAGAUCCAGGUCUAGAUCGAAUUCUCGCAGUCGAAUGAGAAAUGAUACAGGAGCAUCAGAAAGAGACAGGAGGACUAGAAUAGCAGAAGUGGCAAGUACAGUGUCUACGACAAUACCAAGCUCUGGGUUUCUCAAUGCCUCAUUGACUUCAACAGAAAGUGAUCAUUCAGAAUUUGGGAACAAGUAUUUUCAGGCUCCACCGUAUGCAGCAGCACAGUCUGUUCAAGGACUGCUUGGAUUUCGACAGGGAAGCCCAGCAUAUCAGAAGUACAUUCAGCUGAAGGAAAGACAGAUUCGACUGCAGCAGGCCAGGCUGGGCCAGAAUGCGACUGCGUUGAAUGAUGUGAGGAGCCAGCUAAUGACUCCAACAUUGCUGUCACAAGAGAUGGUGGAGAACACCUCGGAGAAGCAGUCUAUGGCAUCUCUCAUGUCUUUUACACUGGGCUCAUACAAAGCCAGUCUACAUGCACUGCAAGGCUCGAGUGCUGCACUCAAUUAUAGCAAAGAUACAGACACCGAUGUAGGCAGCCAGUUGUCAUUGCUGCUCAGUAGUGGAGAUUACGGGGAUGAGUUUGUUGGUCCUGAGUAUGUCUACAGAAGCAGUAAACCUGCCAUCAGAGUGGUCGUGUCUUUUCCAGGACAGAAUGCGAAGACUGCAACAGCUUUGAGGAAACUGACCAUUGUCCAUUUAACUGGUCAAAGGCUGGAGGUUGUUGUUGAUCCCAGUGCUAGUGGACAGCAGCUGUUUGACACAAUUGUUCCCUACUUGUAUUUGGAUGACUUCCACGCCUUUGGACUGACCUACAUGUCAGAAAGUGAACAUUUUUUCCUGGAUUCUGAUAUCAAAUUGCACAAGGCAGCACCAGAGGGAUGGAAAGAAGGACCAAGAGGUCAGGCCAUUCCUGUAACUUUUACAUUAUAUGUCCGGAUCAAGUUCUACCCAGACUCCCUCACAGAUUUUUGCCACACAAGCAGCUAUCACCUGCUAUAUCUGCAGUUGCGGAGAGACAUUCUAGAGGAGAGGGUCACCUGCGAUAUGGAAACACUGGCCAGGUUGGCUGGCCUGGCCAUGCAAGCAGAAUAUGGAGACCAUGCUCGAGCUGCCUUGGACAACGAAAUCUUUUCACUGGAGUACUAUUUCUCCAGCCGCACUGUGAGACGGUUUGGAGCAGCCAUCAUGGAGAACAAUGCCAUGAGGGAGUACAGGAGUUGUGCAGGUAUCCCAGCAUCCCAGGCUGAGAUAGAAUUCAUCAAGCACAUGAGACAUUUGCCUGAGUAUGGGAUUCAUUUCUACAAGCUGUUCAAGACUAAAUCUAGCACAGACUCAUACAUGUGGGUGGGUCUGUGCCAGCACAGCCUGGUCUUGGCACAGCCGGAGUCCUAUGGGAGAAGCAUUGUCCAGGACUUCCCCUGGAACUCAAUACUGAAAAUUUCUUUUAAUAAAAGGCGCUUCAGCAUUCAACCCAAGGUGGAAAUCUCCAGAGGAAAGCCUCCCAAGAUUAAUUUCUACACAAGUUCCUACAGAAAGGGCAGUUAUCUGCUUCAGUUCUCCACAGAUCAGCACAGAUUUCAGAUCAGAAUGAGAACCCGGCCUAGCAACAUGGAGACACUUUCGG